CGCGCUUCCUGGUUCCUUUCGGGAAGAUCGAUGCCCCUCAAGAAAGGCCGGUGUGCAGGCGACAGCCAGAAAGCCGGACUCCUAACAGCAGCGCUCAGACUUGGCUGGUUAAGAGGCCCACCCCACCAGCCCGGGGGUCCUGAGGGCUAGCGAGCCUCCAGCUCCGGGCAGCCGGCGCCGCGGGAGCCUCUGCCCCGCCCCCGGGCGCCGCGCCCAUUGGCUGGGCUCCCGCCCGGCCCCGCCCAGCAACCGGCCCCGCCCGGCACUUACGCAUGCGCAGGAGCCCACCCCGCGGCCGCUUCAGCACCAGCGCCCGGACAGCGGCACCGCCCACGGGCAUGGACCGCGGUAGCUGCAGCAGCGGUAGCGGUUCGGCUCCCGGCCCGGGUCCGGAAGGGGAGCAGGAGCACGACCGGGAGUCUUCGGCCCACGAUGGCAGCUCUCCGGACAGCUCCCAGAGCAAGGCUGUGGCCCCUGAGGCCAGCCCGGAAAGGAGCUGCUCCCUUCACAGCUGUCCAAUUGAGGACCCUUCCAGUUCUUCGGGACCUCCACCGGCAACCUCCACCCUCCAGCCUGUGGGUCCGUCCAGCCCCUUGGCCCCUGCCCACUUCACUUAUACCCGGGCACCGAAGGAAUAUCGAGGGGGCAGCUCCCUGCCAGGGCUUGGGGACCGAGCAGCUCUGUGUUCCCAUGGCUCCAGCCUCAGCCCUUCCCCAGCCCCCUCGCAGCAUUAUGGGGCCUGGAAGCCACCAUCUGUGCAGCACCAUGUGAUCAGCGUCAGGCAGGAACAGGCCUUCCGGAUGCCGAAGAGCUAUUCCCAGCUGAUUGCUGAGUGGCCAGGGGCAGUGCUGCUGCUGUGUCUAGCGGUCAUCCUCCUCUGCACCCUGGCUGGACUCUUGGGGGGCCACCUGCCCGACUUCUCCAAGCCCUUGCUGGGCUUUGAGCCUCAGGACACAGACAUUGGGCGAAAGCUGGUGGUCUGGAGGGAACUGCAGACCCUCACGGGCUCCCGGAAGCUGUUCUCCCUCUCCCCAGACCCUGAGCUGAACAGCUCAAACCCCCACACCCCUCCGAGCCCCACACCCUGGAGCAGUGCCCAGGAGGGCAUGGUCCAGCCCCGGAGGAUGGUGGAGCCCCUGGAGGACAGAGGGCGAGAGAACUUCUUCUGUGGCCCCCCCGAGAAGCACUAUGCACAGCUGGUGUUCAUGUCCACCUCCGCGGGAAGCCUGUGGAACCUACACGCCAUCCAUUCCAUGUGUCACAUGGAGCAGGAACAGAUUCGCUCCCAUCACCGCUUUGGGGCUCUGUGCCAGCGCACCGCAGCCAACGAGUGCUGCCCCAGCUGGUCCCUGGGCAACUACCUGGCAGUGCUCUCCAACCGCUCCUCCUGCCUGGACACGACUCAAGCCGACACAGCCCGCAUCCUGGCCCUGCUUCGGACCUGCGCCCUCUACUACCACCGCGGGGCCCUGGGGCCCCCUUGCCUGGGGCCUGGGCAGGACAAGCCCCCACGCUGUGCCCAGGUCCCCGCCAAGUGCUCCCGGAGCAGGGCCGUCUACCAACUUCUGCACUUCCUCCUGGACAAGGACUUCCUGAGUCCCCAGACCGCCGACUACCAGGUGCCCUCCCUCAAGUACAGCCUGCUCUUCCUGCCCACCCUCAAGGGCGCCUCCAUGAUGGGCAUCUACCUGGACCACCUGGCCACCCCCUGGGGGCUCUCUGACAACUACACGUCCAUCACCGGCAUGGACCUGGGCCUCAAGCAGGAGCUGCUGAGACACUACCUCGCCCAGGACACCGUGUACCCCUUGCUGGCCCUGGCUGCCAUCUUCCUCAGCAUCGCUCUCUACCUGCGCUCCUUCUUCCUCACGCUCAUGGUGCUGCUGGGGGUGCUGGGCUCGCUCCUGGUGGCGUUCUUCCUGUACCGGGUGGCCUUCCGCAUGGCCUACUUCCCCUUCGUCAACCUGGCGGCCCUGGUCCUGCUCAGCAGCGUCUGCACCAACCACACCCUCGUCUUCUCCGACCUCUGGCGCCUCAGCAAGAGCCAGCUGCCCUCCGGGGGGCUGGCGCAGCGCGUGGGCCGCACCAUGCACCACUUCGGCUACCUGCUGCUGGUCUCGGGCCUCACCACCAGCGCCGCCUUCUACGCCAGCUACCUGAGCCGCCUGCCGGCCGUGCGCUGCUUCGCCCUCUACAUGGGCACGGCCGUGCUGGCGCACCUGGCGCUCACGCUGGCCUGGCUGCCCGCCGCCUUCGUGCUCCACGAGCGCUACCUGGCGCGCGGCUGCGGGGCCGGGGCGCGGGGCCCGUGGGCCGGCAGCGCCCCCCGGCGGCUGGCGCUGGCGCUGCACCGGCGGCUCCGCGGGCUCCGCAGGGCGGCGGCCCGGACCUCGCGCCUGCUCUUCCAGCGCCUGCUGCCCUGCGGCGUCAUCAAGUUCCGCUACAUCUGGGUCUGCUGGUUCUCGGCGCUGGCGGCGGGGGGCGCCUACAUCGCCGGCGUGAGCCCCCGCCUGCGGCUGCCCACGCUGCUGCCGGCCCGCGGCCAGGUCUUCCGGCCCAGCCACCCCUUCGAGCGCUUCGACGCCGAGUACCGCCAGCAGUUCCAGUUCGAGCGGCUGCCGGAGGGCGAGGGCGGCCCCAUGCCCGUGGUCCUGGUGUGGGGCGUCCUGCCCGUGGACACGGGGGACCCCCUGGACCCUCGCAGCAACGGCUCCCUGGUCAGCGACCCCGCCUUCGCAGCCAGCAGCCCCGAGGCCCAGCGCUGGCUGCUGGCGCUCUGCCACGGGGCUCGGAAUCAGAGCUUCUUUGGCGCCCAGCCGGAGGGCUGGCCCACGCUGUGCUUCGUGGAGGCGCUCCAGCGCUGGAUGGAGAGCCCCGGCUGUGCCCGCCUGGGGCCUGGCCUCUGCUGCGGCCACGCGGCGGGCUUCCCCUGGGCGCCCCAGCUCUUCCUGCACUGCCUCAAGAUGAUGGCUCUGGAGCCGGGUCCACAGAGCCCCCGGGACCUGGGGCUCCGCUUCAAUGCCCAGGGCAGCCUGAGUGCCCUGGUCCUGCAGUUCCAGACCAGCUUCCAGUACAGUCCCAACUACAGCCAGGCCCACCACUUCUACACCGAGGUCAGCCACUGGCUGGCCGCGGAGCUGGCCAGGGCGCCUCCCGGCCUCCGCCAGGGCUGGUUCACCAGCCGCCUGGAGCUGUACAGCCUGCAGCACAGCCUGAGCACCGAGCCCGCCGUGGUGCUAGGCCUGGCGCUGGCGCUGGCCUUUGCCACGCUGCUGCUGGGCACCUGGAACGUGCCCCUCAGCCUGUUCUCCGUGGCCGCCGUGGCCGGCACGGUGCUGCUCACCGUGGGGCUCCUGGUUCUCCUCGAGUGGCAGCUCAACACCGCCGAGGUGCUCUUCCUCUCCGCCUCCGUGGGCCUCUCGGUGGACUUCACCGUCAACUACUGCAUCUCCUAUCACCUGUGCCCGCACCCGGACCGCCUGAGCCGCGUGGCCUUCUCGCUGCGCCAGACCAGCCGCGCCACGGCCGUGGGCGCCGCGGCCCUGUUCGUGGCCGGCGUGCUCAUGCUGCCUGCCACCGCGCUGCUCUACCGCAAGCUGGGCAUCAUCCUCAUGAUGGUCAAGUGCGUCAGCUGCGGCUUCGCCAGCUUCUUCUUCCAAUCGCUCUGCUGCUUCUUUGGGCCGGAGAAGAACUGUGGGCAGAUCCUCUGGCCCUGUGCCCACCUGCCGUGGGACGCCCGAACGGGAGAGCCAGGCGGGGAGAAGGCAGGCCGCCCGCGGGCAGGGCCGCCCGGGUCCUGCUCGGAGCAGUAUGAGCUGCAGCCCCUGGCCCGGCGCCGGAGCCCCAGCUUCGACACCAGCACGGCCACCAGCAAACUGUCUCACCGGCCCUCUGUGCUCUCUGAGGACAUCCAGCUCCAUGACGGCCCCUGCUGCUCCCGGCCCCCACCGGCCCCCGCCUCCCCCAGAGAGCUGUUCCUGGACCACCAGGCGGUCUUCAGCCAGUGCCCAGCCCUGCAGACCUCCUCCCCGUACAAGCAGGCCGGCCCCAGCCCCCAGCCCCAGGCCCGGCAGGACUCCCAAGGGCAGAAGGCUGAGCCCGUGCAGGCCUCACCAGACGCCCCAGCCCCAGCCCAGGCCUCCCAGCCCAAGGCUGCAGAGCCACCCGAUGGCCUCUGCUCCUCAGCCAGCACCCUGGAGGGGCUCAGCGUCUCCGACGAGACCUGCCUGAGCACCUCUGAGCCCAGUGCCCGGGUGCCGGACUCCGCGGGCGCCUCCCCAGAGGACCUGGAUGAAACUGAGCCGUCGGCACCUGCGCAAGGCCAGCUGAACGGGAAGCGGGACACCCUGUGGCUGGCGCUGAAGGAGACUGUGUAUGACCCGUCGCUGCCCGCCUCCCACCAGAGCAGCUCGUCCUGGAAGGGCCGAGGGGGGCCUGGGGACGGCAGCCCCGUGGUGCUGCCCAACAGCCAGCCAGAUCUCCCCGACGUGUGGCUGCGCAGGCCCAGCACCCACACUUCAGGCUACAGCAGCUGAGAGGGGCCCAGGAAGGCUGGGCCAGGGUACAGGGCCUGGACCGGGGUGCAGGCAGGGGCAGCACCAGGCCGGAGCUUGAUGGUGCUUUCCCAUGUCAGCAUGGAGAGGCCUCGCCCUUCAGCUUUGGAUUUUAAAUCCUGUCAGAUACUCCAGCCUUGGUCCGGGCUGCUGCCUGCCCCCCCUCCCCCCCCCCCCCACACACACAUCUGGAGGAUGCAGUGAGCAGAGUCUUUGGAGGGGAAACGCCCCGCUCUCCUUGGGACCGACGGAGGGCACCUGAGCACCCACAGGGCCAAUCAGGACCCAGCCCCGGGGUAUCUCACCGAGCGAGAGUCCCGGGGAGUCUCAGCAGCUUCCUAGGCCCCGUGCUGUUCGGGGGUUCUUUAUCAGGACGCUUGCUUCUCUUUGGGGAGCUUCUCUGUGCCAGAAUGGGUCGGGGGCCUCUGUCCUGAACUGCCCUGCCCCCCUCACUCGCCCCGUCUGACCAGAAGUUUAUCAAGGCCAAGCUCGAGGUGGCAGGAGCAGGAGAAGGGGGGCUGCUCAGCCUCAGAGCAUCCCUGUUACACUGCAGGCUGGUCCUCCACAGGAAGCUGCUGUGGCGGGGGCGGGGUGGCCCCGGUAACAGAAGCCUUUGCAGCCCUGCCUUAGCUCACGGGACUGCCACACUCGUCUCCGGGAGUCUCACUUCACCCGGG